GACGUCAGAGUCACCGCCGUUUAAAACAACCUGCCUCUGCUGCUGACGUCUUUUAUACUACUUUUUUAUAAGGAAAAAAUAUGUAUCUAACAACAAAGUGAUUAUUCUCAGCAAAGAAAGCCUGUAUCACUUUAAUUUACUGAUCUAUUCUAAUAGAGUUUUAAAGGGGAGCGCUAGAAGAUUUUCUUCCUUUAUUUUUUUUAUUUUUUUUUUCCGUUGAAAGGCGUUUGAGUGGGGGGCAUUUUACACAAAUUAAACAUGCUACUCUGCUUCGCCCUAUAAGCAUCCUAGGAGCCUGAGCUUACCAAUCAAUUGGUACAGUCAAACAGAGCCGCAGCCUGCGUUAGAGUGGAGACCUUCAGUCUCGCUUUAUUUCUGGAUAUUGGGGGACCUCUCUACCAUGUCAUAUCCACAAUUUGGAUAUCCCUAUUCGUCUGCUCCACAAUUCCUGAUGACAACCAACUCUCUGACCACUUGCUGCGAGUCCACCGGCAGAUCCAUAGCCGACUCCGGAGUAGCGGCGUCCGGGCAGACACCAGUCUACUGUCCCGUAUACGAGAGCCGGUUACUGGCCACGGCGAGGCAUGAACUCAGCUCAGCCGCCGCUCUGGGCGUGUACGGGAGCCCCUACACCGGCGGACAAGGCUAUGGGAAUUACGUUACAUAUGGCACGGACGCCUCUGCUUUCUACUCGCUGGGCACAUUCGAUACAAAAGAAGCCUCAGCUUCUGCACAUGCGGGAAUAACCCAAGCAACAGCCUACUAUCCUUAUGAUCCUACCUUGGGACAUUAUCAGUAUGACAGAUAUGGUUCCAUGGAUGGGGGAACAAGGCGGAAGAAUGCCACGCGCGAGACGACCAGCACGCUGAAGGCCUGGCUGCAGGAGCACAGGAAGAACCCGUAUCCAACUAAAGGAGAGAAGAUCAUGCUGGCCAUCAUCACCAAGAUGACGCUGACGCAGGUCUCCACCUGGUUCGCAAAUGCCAGGAGGAGGCUCAAGAAGGAGAACAAGAUGACAUGGCCGCCCAGAAACAAGGGCUCAGAGGAGAAGAGAUACGACGAGGAUGAAGAUGGGUCUCAGGAGGAGCAGAUAAAAAGCGAGAACAAUGAGGAUGAGACCAGAAGUCGGGCUGAUAAGGACCUCCAGUUGAGCGACUUGGACGAUUUCGACACGCUGGAGUCUGAGAGCUCGGAGUGUGAGCUGAAGCACCGAUACCACAUGAACACACACAUGUCAACGACGGGCGACUGCCCCACCGAACACCUCAUCAAGGACGCGUCUCUGAAAAUCUCCAUCCCUGUUUCUUUGGGAGGGGAGCAGGACUUGAGCAAAAGUUGCCUCAAAACGAACCCAGAGGAUUUCCAACCGGACAGCAGACAGCAGGUAAAAGCAUGCUAUAACCAGCAACAACAACAGCAGCAGCAAGGGCACCAGAUAUUAGACGGCAAACCUCGGAUCUGGUCUUUGGCCCAAACUGCGACGUCCCUGAACCAGACUGAGUACCCGUCCUGUAUGCUGAGGUGCCAGCCGCCGCCCUCCUCCCUCACCCCAUCCCCAGCCGCUACCUCACCCGUGACCGGCCUGGACAACAGGCAGGACUCGCCGGUCACGACCCUGAGAAACUGGGUGGACGGGGUUUUCCACGACCCCUUGUUCAGGCACAGCACUUUGAGCCAGGCUCUGACCAACACCACCGUCUCUUGGACCACGAACUCCAAAGGCGCCAUUCUGGAGGCUGAGAGGAGCACGGCGGCCUUGCAGCAGCAUCAAGACUCCUCCAAAGACAGUGACAUGAGUUUCCCCAAAACUAUCAACAAACUUUUCUGCUCCUAACAAAACCAAAUGACCCUUUUAUUGCGAAAAGAGAGACUUUUUGUGACUGACUGAAAGUCGGAUGGAAAAGCCUAUUUCGUCUCCAUGAUUCCCUUAUUAUGUUUUAUUCGUUUUUAAAAGCAAUGGUAGCUAUAUACUGUUUCAUUGGCGUUACACAAGUGACAUAUCCGAAUCGGUUUGGCUUAUUUGAUUUAACGCACGCACAAAACUUAUCGAAAUGUAUAACUAAAAGUUUACAUCUUGGGGGGAAAAAAAUAGGCCUAAGGUUUGCAUUGUUUUUUUUUUCUUUUUAAUGUUUUCUUUACUAUGCGCAUGCAAAUGUAAUUGAAUAUUAUUUAGGUCUCAGCAGUUGAGUAUCACUAUUAAAAGAAAAAAAAAGUCUCACAAAUGCACAGCUCUCUUUGGAAGUGGAUGAGAGCGUCUCAACUUUGUUCACUGAAAAUAAAAGCAGUCGGUUUCUGAA